UCAACCAGUUGCUUCGGCGCUUUCUUUUUCAAUGGACUGAAUUUUCUUUAAUUGCUCUAUUUACGCAAGCGAAACGAAUCGAUGCAAUUGUCCGGAUCCGGAAUCAUUGCAGCCUAGGCAACGCAAUCGCAAAGUAUUUGCGGCCCGUGAAUUGCGUCAGAGUGUGGGAAAUGAGAAUAAGGCGACCAUCUGUGCGGUGAUCGGUGGAAAACUCUUGAUUUUACAGUGGGCGCCCAGCCAAGGACGACCUAGAAACGCCCCAGAAAAGCCUCAGAAAGUAGGACAGGUGACAUCACUGCAGAAACAUGAUCCACGUCGGCGAGAACUCAUGGAAUCUGCGGAUCUUCAUCACCGAUCUGGCGCUGGAGAAGACGAUGCGCGUGCGCGGUGACCAGCACAUUGGAGGGAUAAUGUUGCAGUUGGUGGAUCCAGAGAAUCCUAAAGAUUGGUCGGAUCAUGCUCUAUGGUGGCCUGCUAGGAAUGUAUGGCUUAGCAGAACGAGAUUAACCCUUGAUCAGUGUGGUGUCCAGGCAGACAGUCUGCUGCACUUCACGCCCAUGCACAAGAUAUUGAGGGUGCAACUUCCUGACUUAAGAUAUCUCGACUGUCGGGUAGAUUAUUCCGUAAAAACCUUCUCCGCGGUGGUGAAUCUAUGCAAGCAGCUGGACAUCCGUUAUCCGGAAGAGCUCUCCCUAUGCAAACCUCUCGAGGCGGAGCACCUUAAACGAAACUUUGCUCAGGUGCCGCACCAAAAGCGUGUGCCCAUCGCCGAACCUGAUGGCACUACAUAUCUUCAGCCGGCUGCAGAUACAAACUCUUUUGUGCCUAUCAGCACAUCGUUUCACGGAGAAGGCGGUAGCACUGGCAGCUUGGACAAGCCCUCUGCUCCAGGAUCCUUCUUCUGUGCUCCACUGUCGCCACACAAUCACCGAGCACGUUCGCCCGUGGCACCGCCCACACCUUCCCCUGGCACGUGGAAGCAGAGCCAACUCGGCUAUGCCACCUACGAUUCGAGCUCCUCAAGUCUCGGCGACUUCCAAGAGAAUCUGGCCAGCUCACCGCCCACACCCUGCUCGGAUGUCCGAGCCCUUCAAUUGCGCCCCAAGUCGCUGGUGGAGAAGGCUCGCCUGAAUGUGGGCUGGCUGGACUCAUCGUUGUCCAUCAUGGAACAGGGCAUCCGGGAGUACGACACUCUGUGCCUUCGCUUCAAGUACUUUACCUUCUUUGACCUGAAUCCCAGGUGCGACCAGGUUAAUCAUCACAUAGAUUCCUCUCCCCAUGGUGGAACUGUGGAUUCAGGGAUUGAAACAUCCAGCCAGGAAAACGACAAUGAAGAUGAAAUCGAUUCGGCUCUCAAAGAGCUGCAGAUCACUCUGGAGGGACCCGAUUUCGGGGGAGAUCCGAGGAAUAUCACACGCAUACCGGAGCUAUCGGAUUAUUUGCGGUAUCUUAAGCCGCAGAGAUUUACGCUGCGUGGUUACAAGCGAUAUUACUUCACCUAUCGGGAUCUGCAUUUGCACUUGUUCAAAAACGCUGAGGAGUCGCGUCGCGUUGCACCGGCUAUAAGCAUUAACCUGAAAGGCUGUGAGGUCAACCCGGAUGUAAACCUCUCGCAGGGCAGGUAUGCGAUUCGCCUAGAGGUUCCUCCGAACGGUGGACACGGAACCAACAGUGAAGUGUGGGUGCGCUGCGAGAACGAACAGCAGUAUGCUAAGUGGAUGGCUGCCUGUCGACUGGCGGCCAAGGGAAGAUCCCUCGCGGACAGCUCGUACGAGAGUGAAGUGGAUGGUAUACUUUCGCUGCUACAGAUGCAGCGACCCGUGCAUGGCAUACAUGUGAACAUUGAUCCUCGAUCCGUAGAAGCAGUUGAUUAUCUGUCACCCAAGAUCCUUCGUAAACUAUCCAACAAGGCAGUUCAGCGGAUUCUUGAAGCCCAUGCCAACGUGAGGGAGCUCAAUCCCCUAGACUCCAAGAUGAAGUACAUCCAGGCUUGGAGAUCGCUGCCAGACUUCGGAGUCACCCUGUUCAUCAUUAAGUUUGAUGGACAUCGGAAGGAAGAGCUGCUGGGCGUAGCUCACAAUCGCAUCAUGCGCAUGGAUCUGAGUUCAGGAGAUCACAUAAAGACAUGGCGGUAUAACACGAUGAAGGCCUGGAAUGUUAACUGGAACAUUAAGUGCAUGAUGAUCCAGUUCGAGGACGAGAACGUGGUCUUCUCUUGUCACUCAGCCGACUGCAAGGUGGUACACGAGUUCAUCGGUGGCUACAUCUUCAUGUCGAUGCGCUCCAAGGAAAACAACCAGACCCUUAACGAGGAACUCUUCCACAAGCUGACAGGCGGCUGGUCCUAGGGCCCUUUUAUUACUCGAAUUUAAUGGCAGCCAAUUUCAAUUGUAAACAAAUGUUUUUAUUGUUAACCAACUGAUAGACUCACAACUUCAAUGCAAUACGUUUAUUAACGUUCAUUUUACCUUUUAAUUCGUUGUUAACUAAUCUUGUUGAUGAUUUUUAAUCCCGAAAAUAGCUUGCCAAUGGCCCUUUUGCCUACCCAAUUUUUAAAACAGACUUAACCGUGGCCUUUGCAAUGUUUUUGUAUGACUAACUUUUAAGUGUACAAUAAAUAAAGU